AUGGAGACAGGGUCCAGCCACCAGGGGAAGAAAGCUUGCGGGGUGGGGAGCGGGGCGCGGGGGUCCCGUUGCGCAGGCGCAGCCUUGAGCAGCAGCGGUGCUGCGAACCUGCGGAGUCCAGACCUGCGGGUGCUCAGACACCAUCUAGGCUCCCGGAUCAGCAGGGAACCAUCAGGCUAUGGCCAAGUUCCUUUUGCAGGACGGGAGCUCAGCACCCUGCUGGUCACCGGCAUCCUGGAGGACCUGAGCCCUCCUGAAGCCACCUUCCUGUCCUGGGGCCAGGGGUCAGGACAGAAGGCCAGGAAGGCUCAGUCCCAUGGAGGGGCAGUCAGGAGUGCUCGGAGGGUCAGUUGGGAUGGCAGGAACAGAGGCAGAGGCAAAAGAUUGACCCAAAAGGGCAAGAAGAGAAUGGGAUGGAGGUCUGGGAGGAGUAGCUCUGAGGACUCAGAGGAAGCCUGCGGUGCUAGAGGAGGACCUGAGUGGGGGACCAGAGUCCGGAGCGCCAGUGCCAAGGAGCUAAGCAGGAAGCAGGCCUUCAGGGCUCAGGAUGAAGAUGGAACCGGCAAGUUCCUGGCUCUGACAAAGCCAAAAGGGGACAAAGCCAAGAGGGAAGAGAAAGAGAAAGAGCCCCUCGGGGUGCAGUCGACCUGCUUGAACAUCAAGGAAGGUAGAUGUGGUGUCCCUGAGUUAGUGGCACUACUAGCUGUGAGAGAUAUGCCAGAGGAGGAACUGUGGACAGGACAUUUUGGGGAGCUGGAUUGGAACUGAGAAAAAGAGGAAGUAGAUGAUCCUGAGUUCCUGGCCACUGUGGCGCACACAGACCCCCUACCCUUCGCCUGGGAGAUGUUAAAAAUGGCUUCUGUGAUCAGAGUUUCUGGGCUGUACUGACAAGAAAGACAAAAAAAGAUGCCCUUUCCAAAAUUGUCAUUCAUGUCCAAGGACACAUCUGGAACCAACGUGAUCGUGAAAUCUUGGAGGAAGGCCCAGGGGGGCUGGAACCUUCUGGAAUGCAUUUCUACCUUGGCUGAGUCAGAGAACCGCCCUAAGGAGAAGAAGGUCCCGCGUGGCCUCCGGGGCUGGGGCGAUGACAGCAAAGAAGCGGGCGGCCUCCUGGAGCUGGUGCUGCUGGACGUGGCUGAGGAGGUACAGGAGGCAAAGGAAACCCGUGGGAAGGGGGACUCGCUUAACCCGCAGAGGCGACCAAGGCCGCAGCCGUCACUUCUGAGAAGAAAGCUGGUUGCGGGGCUUUGA